AUGACAAAGCAGAGCAAACCCCUCCCGCACUUCUCAAAACUCUCCAAGUAUAAGGAGGCCAUGGUCUCCCGAGUUCCUUCUAUCGAUGAUCAUGCCAUGUUGGAGGACGACGAGGACCUGUCCCCCACGCUCAGCGAGCUCGAAGCUCUCGGUGAUGUGGAGGUGGACCCUGAGGACAAGACCCCGAACCACCACCAUAUCGAAUGCUCUUGCACUGGAAGCGACACACUCAAGCCAAAACCUAUCCCCACGCGCAAGACGAGCAGCUUCUCCGGCCUGUACGACGCAGAGAGCAGACUUUCCCAAGCGUGGUCCUUCAUGACCACAUACGAGCGCGUGGAUUGGGACCGGCCCGAGUUGCUCCAAGCAGAGCGCCCGCCGCCGACACGAGCACAGCAGAUCCGGGAUUUUGCGAGACGGGCGAUCAGGAAGCUGAGGGAGAUGAAGCGGCAGACUUGCCGAGAGGCCAAGGGCUUCAAGAUCCUGGACUCUCCUCGGCUGGAGGGCCGCGUGGGCGCCUGA